AUGUCAACAGCCACAGUAUCAUCCUCGGUGGUUAAUACCGUCAAUACCAUCAUUGGAUCGGGAAUCUUGUUGCUUCCGUAUGCUUUUAGGACUGACUCGGUUUUGUUUGGUAUUUUGAUUCUUCUAUUUGCUGCGGCAACGAAUGUUUUUGGACUCUUCUUGCAAGCAAUCUCCUCUAAGUUCCUUCGAGAAGGCAAUGCAAACUUCUUCACCGUUUGUUCAAUAACUUAUCCAAGUCUUAGUGUUGUUUUUGACCUGGCAAUUGCAUUACAAUGCUUUGGUGUGGACAUAUCUUACAUCGUACUGACUGGUGAUUUGAUGCCACUCAUUCUUCCCAUAUCUGGCUUUACGGACUCUCAAAUGCGGCUUUUUUACAUCUUAAUCUCAGCUUUCAUUACUGUUCCAUUGUGCUUUCUAAAGCGGCUUGACAGCUUGAAAUACGCGUCCGUCGUCUCGCUCUUGGCUAUCGCUUAUCUAGUCAUUUUAGUUUAUGUCAAUUUCGCUUAUGGGCUGGCGACAGGGUUCAAACACAUUCCUUUACAGAAACAGGGACCCAUUUCCUGGUGGAUUCCCGAAGGUUUUAAGCCGGUCUUCAAAACCUUCGCUAUUAUUGUUCUUGCCUUCACAUGCCCUACUCAAUUUUCAAUCAUCUCCGAAUUACGUGACCCUAGGUUGAACCGCAUAUUCAAAAUCAUCACGAUCUCUCUGACGAUCACCACGAUUUUGUUUGUAACAGUUGGUCUCUCGGGCUACUUUACCUUUGGAAAUGCGUUAGAGGGAAACAUCAUUUUAAUGUACAACGAUACAUGGACUACCAAAUUGGCUAUGGGGUUGCUCUCGCUGAUGGUUCUUCUUUCUUUCCCAUUGAUGUUCCAUCCCGCUAGAAUAUCAGUCAACAACAUAUAUCAUUGGAUAGAGAGUCAAUUCAAAAGUUCGCGGGAAGCACAGCCGUUGCUAUCUAGUGAAGCUAGAGCAAUACCUAUGUCUGACUCAAGAUUUGUGAAAGUCAGCGUGGUCAUGUUGAUUGUCGCAUAUUUUGCUGCUAUUAAACUUGAGUCUUUUGAGCUGGUUCUUUCUUUGGUGGGUUCUACCGGAGGGGUUUUGAUUUCGUUUGUGCUACCUGGAUUUUAUGGGUACAAACUAAUUAACAAUCCAGAAAUGUUUGAUGCCCUAGUGACACAUUCUCCAUUAGAUAGUGAUCACUGGGUGUUCCGAAAUAAGGUUCUGCAAAAGCUCUCACUGAAUCUAGUCAUAUGGGGAAUUAUAGUAAUGCUCAUUUGCCUAUAUUCAACUUUGUUUCAAUAACAUAUACAUUUAUUAACUGUGCAACUAAUCCGAAUCAUCACUUCUUACAUCAUCCGCACUAUCUCCAGAAAUGACUCUAUAUGCGACUUUGGCAAUGAGGAACAUCCAGAAGAUUGUAAUUACCUGUAAUCCACCAAGUAAUGUUAAAAAUAUAUUGACCGUUGCUUUGCUGUAACAGAUUUUAUAGUCGCCUAGGGGCGCCAGUUCCUCGCAAGUUCCAUGCAUCUUGUAGGCAUUCUUGUAAGCAUGGUAAAACACAUAAUUGUAUACAAUGUGCCGCAAUACAAUCCAGCUGAUCAUGAACACAGCAAACAUUGUGUCACAAAAAGUUUGGUAGCCGCAAUAUUUGAGAAUUUUCGCAAAUGAAAGGAAGACAUCGACAAUGUCCAUCAGUAAAAAGAUGACAUGUCCAAUCUUCGUGAAGUAGUAAGCGUAAGAGCCUAUGCAAAGCAGUGAUGUGAUGACGUGGUGAGAAAACAUUUGAUAAUGGUCUUUUCUUUUUUCCUCGAUAUGAAGAACAAUCAUUUGCUGGAACCAACAUGCAGUUUGGAUAAGAUAGUAAGCUUUAAAUGAGGCUGACAUUUUGUCGUUCGGCCAGGUCUCAUAAAAUUUAUCGCAGUUCAAGUAGUAAUCUGAGUGGAGGUAUAAAUAAAAUCCUAACGCCCAAGAUAGGGAAAAGUAAAUGAUUGACCAUCCCUGCUCUUUAAACCUCUGUAUUGCUUUGAGUUUGUACAUUUGGAAAUACUGCGCAAUAGGCUUCAAUAUGUACAACAUGCAAAAGCCUCUGAUCAGUACCAAAUUUAGCACACUGAAUAUCACAAAAUAUGAAUCAUCAACACCCAUAUCAUAGAAGUCACCAUGUGGGUAUCUAUACUGUAAAGUGUAAAAUUUUGAGAACCAAGGGUAAUGAUAUGAAAGUCCAAAAAUUGCAAGAUCGACCAAGAGCGCCAUUUGUAUCUGUAACCUAUCGGCGUUUUCUAGUUUUGCAAGACGCAAUGCAUCAUCUUUCAGUUUGGCGGCUUGCAAAGCAGAGGCUUUGAAAGCUGCAGGAAUCUCCAAGUCAGCUUUAAAGCUGUCUCGAGAUUUCAAAGUGGAUCGAUCAGGACUGAAAACUGAGGAGGACGCACUCGGGAUAGAUUCCACAGUCAUUUUAAAAGAGCGAUACUAUGCAGAAGCUCUCGUUGCAAUUAAUUCCUGUAGUUGACUUCUUUUGGGCGUCCAAGCAAGAUAAAACAGGAUGAUAAUUGUAUCGCUUAAUGCGUUG